UAUCUUGCCAGUUGUCGUAAACAAGUACAGGCACCAGUGUCAAUCCAGAGUUCUCAAGACAUCAUAGACGUAAUCGAAAGCGCAUAGACACUUGUUGUUCUACAAAUUGUCAGAUCUGAAGGUGUGCGCACGUGACCUUCUCUGGCGUAUCGUUUCGCGACUGCUCCUGACCUCCGUCGCGCGAGUGGCCGCCGGUUCGUCGUCGAGUGCCUGUCGCGCCGUGUUCGCGGGCGGACCAUGUGAGUGCAGCGGGUCAGAAGUGUUGACUGAGGAGGUGACUGGACUGUGACUCACUCCGAGCCCCCGCCACGACGCCAGUCAUGGGCAAACUCUCCAAGAGUCGCCGCUCCGAUCUGGAGGAGCAGAAGAAGCCGCUGCCGUCGUGGUCUCGCUCAUCCACCUCUUCUACAUCCACGUCUCCGUCCGAGAUCAAGUUUAUGCGCGAGCGCGGCUGCUCCAAGCUUGCCGUGUUCUGUAUCGUGUUCACCGUGCUCAUGAUCGGCCUCGGCUGCGCGGCCGGCAUCUACUUCGGAUUUUUAUCUGACCAUCUGCACGGUCUGCGCGUGGACGAGCUGCGCGUGUUCCGCGGCCAGCUGCGGCUCACCUCCGGGGACAGCUACAGCGACCAGCUGGCCGACCCCAGCACGGCCGAGUACGUCCGAAAGGCGCGCUUCUACCGCACCAAGCUCGACAGCAUCUUCAAACACUCCAUCUUCAAGGCGGCCUUCGCCGGCACCGAGAUCCUCGGACUGGACGGCCACCCGGAGGAGGACCUCAUCGUCCACUUUAACGUGCGCGUGGACACGCGGAAGAUCCCGGUGGACGCCGGGGAUUUGUACAUCAUCCUGGCAGAGGAGCUGAGGCAGGGUCGCGUGCUGAGCCAGUACGAGAUCGACCACGACAGCCUCAUGAUUCAGGAGCGUGUGGGUGUGAUGGAGUCGCUGCCGCCGGACCCGCCGGCCGAGGAGCCGACCACGCCGCGGCCCGCCGAGCUCGCCGAGCCCGCCACGCCGCAGCCGCGCCAGUGCGAGCCCCUCGAGGUCUCCUUCUGCGCCCACAUGCCCUACAACAUGACCUCGUACCCCAACGUGCUCGGACACGUCGACCUGCGCGAGAUCGACGAGCACCUGAUCUCGUUCCGGGAGGUGGUCGACUCGGAGUGUUUCCGUCUGGCGCACGAUUUCGUCUGUCAGCUGCUGCAGCCCGCCUGCCUGUCCGACCAGCUGGUGCUGCCCUGUCGGGACUUCUGCCACGACUUCUACUCGCAGUGCAACGCCCGGCUGCCGUCCCAGUUCGCCGACCGGCUGAUCUGUGACAACUUCCCGGCGCGCGGCGAGCAGCAGUGCCUCUCCAGGCCCGGCUGUGUGCGGGAGCUGGAGCUGGCCGGCCGCGCGGACCGGGUCUGUGACGGCGUGGUCGACUGUCCGGACGCUAGUGACGAGGCCGCCUGCCCGGCCUGUCCUCCGGGCCUGGUGAGGUGUGCCGGUGAGCGCAGCUGUGUGCCGGCCGCGGCGCUCUGCGACGGACAGGCCGACUGCGCGCUGGCCGGAGACGAGCGCGGCUGCCUGAGUCUGGACGCCGCCGAGCCGACGACAGACGCUGUCCGGCCCGGCUCCGUGCAGGGCUUCCUCACCUAUAACGGCUGGGGCCGGCAGCACUACAUCUGCGCCGCAACGACUAACGAGACGGCGGCGGCGGCCGGUACCGUCCCGGCCGGGCCGCUGUCCAACCUCAGCACCGCCUGCGCGCUGCUCUCCUACAGGAAGACGGAGCUGGUGGAGUCGCGGCCAGUUACAGAGGAGGAGGAGGGAGAGGAGACGGCCAACUCGACGGCGGCGUUCGUGCAGCUGCGCGGCCUCUCACAGGGCGCCAGCACGUUCCAGCCGGCCGAGUGUCCCUCCGAGCAGGGCGUGUUUGUCCGCUGCUCCGAGCUAGAGUGCGGUCUGGCGCCCGGUCAGACUCCCCUGCAGAAGAAGCGCACUGCGCCCGCUGCCGCCGCAGACUUCCCGUGGCAGGCGCGCCUGGUGCGGGACGGCCAUCAUCUCUGUGACGCCACUCUGAUCCACAACCAGUGGCUGGUCUCGGCCGCCGACUGCUUCAAAGGCCGGCCGCGGACCCGGUGGCGCGCCGUGCUCGGCUCGGCCCGCGCCGGCAGCUCGCCGCCGCACCUGCAGCGUCGCCGCAUCUCGGGCAUGGUGCGCUCUCCCGUCAAGGGCAGCGGUGUAACGCUGCUGCGACUGGCGCGGCCCACAGAGGAUUCUGACCAGGUGCGACCGGUCUGUGCCGCCGAGACAGGAGCGGCCGAGGGCGGACCGAUCGGACCCUGCUUCACACUCGGAUGGAACAGCACAGACGGGCAGCUGCGGUACGUUCCUCUGACGGUGAACCUCAGCCGGGCGGACUCCUCUAACGAGACGGAGCCGGUCACGGUGACCGCCCUCUCACCGCGCACAGACCACCUCUGCCAGUCGGCGGAGCUGCCCGGCGCCCCACUGCUGUGCCGCUCCGGAUCGGGCGUCUGGCGGCUGGUCGGAGUCUCCGGGCGGCAGCAGUGCGCCCGGCCGGCCGCCCCCGCUCCCGCCCGCGCCUUCGACACGCUGGCUGCCAACCAGUACUGGAUGGAGACCAGCAUGGCCUCGUUCAAAGACACGGAGCCGCUGCCGGCCGUCGAGGCUGAGGCGUAACGCGCGCCGUGACGUGACCGAGUGAUAGUGACGCGGCGAAGCGAUGACGCUGGCUAAUGUGACGGUGAUGUGACGGAGUGACGCUGGUGAUGCGAAUUUUAGCCAGUGACGCACCGAGACACUUUCCUGGGGUCUUCCCCGGCCGUGCCACAGCGCGAACUAUUCCCGAGAUGUCACAUAGGUACGGUCGUACACAGCGAGCCAAACAGUGAGAUUGUGCGACUGAGAUUAGAAGUGAGAGGAACGUUGGUUAUUAUUGAGAGACAAUAGAUCUGAGCGGGCUGCCGCUUAGCGUCGGGGGACAGCCCCGCUCUGUAACCAGAGUGCUAGAACUGGCCAAUCAUUGCUGUUGACGGCCAUAUCGUGUUAUGUUGUUCAGUGCCUGACUAGACAUUGUGUUCGACCUCUAUUUAUUACGGACAAUACAUCUAUGUGUAAACUGCGUGGUGACAAGUAAUGAUGACAGCCAGCACAAUUUGGAUACCAGUUUCCGAAGGCUGCCAGAGUUUGAACCGGACAUUGCGUAACACCACUUGCACUGAGCUGUCAAACAUGGUACUGCAUCUUACCGAAAACGAGUU